AUGGCAGAGAAUUCAAGGCGGAAACUUUUGAUUCACUUCAGCGCCAUUGGAUCUACGUUGGCUACGCUUCCGUCGUCUUCAGAAGCGCUAUUUACGCCAAAGGAUCGUAGGCAACUGGAAGUCUGUCUAGUCAACGUACUACGCGUUGUCUAUUGGUCCCAGAAUAUUGCAAUUACACUACAAAGUGCCGACGACUCUUCGGACACCAAACGUGCCAAAUAUCUUGAAGCCCGACUGGGUGCCAAGGCCGCUUUGACAGGCAAAGUUGGUGGUGGGGCCUCGGGAAAAGUCUACACGCUGGCAAGCUUACGGCUGCCGUCGUGUUUGGAGGAUUUAGAGUAUUAUGCACGUCCACAAUCACGACAAGUUGCGGAUUUGCGGAGAGAUUUUUACGAAGGGCUGGCAGCCGUCGUUGAAUUUGACGGGCUUGAUACUUUGACGGACCCGUCGCCACGAUCGAGUCUAACCCUGGGACAGGUCAAUGAGCAGAAAGUUCUUUUUGUGCAGCGCAUGCUCGCCGAGCGCGUCGUACCUAUUGGACAGCAGCUUGUGGCCAGCUUUCCAGCGGAAUCAGUUCAACAGGCCCACGUAUUCAUGCAACAAUACUAUUCUAGUGAGCUACCGCUAGCACAGAAGAGAGAUGGCGAAGAGUUAGCUACAGCAUAG